UAUGAUCUGGCAUUGCGAUUCGCUACCGACAUUGAAAAUACGAGAUCAGGAUUCUGUGUUAUUAGCAUCCCUUUGCUCAUCUCAAAAGCCGAUUCGAUAGAUUUAGUAAUGUCUCUCGCCUUGUGGGAGCUUUUGUACCCCGCUGAGGAUAAAUUAAGCAUACUGGUAAGAGAUCUGCUGUUGAGCUGAGGCUCUGUACUCGUUGGUAAUGCACGUUCCAAUGGAAUAAUGACAGGACUUGUUCUAUAUAAUCUCACAAGAUCUCUGCAGGAAGUAAGCCUUCAAACAUCAUCCAGUGUCAUUCAAACAACACUCCAAGUCAAGUCCAACAUCACAAUGCAACUCUCACACCUCAGCGCUGUUCUCCUCCUCCCCCUCCUCACAUCUAGCACCCCACUUGGCAACGACCAACCUUCUUUCUUCUACAAGCAACUCUCUCUGACCUUCCAUGGUGGCCCAGCAUCGUACUCGCUCACUUUCCCAGCGGACGGAAACACCUAUCCAACCAACAGCAAUGCCCUGACCAUCAACCGCAUCACCACCAACAGUGAUUUCAACAUCUUUUACGGGUGUAACUUCUAUUUUGCCGACGAUGGUGGGAAGCCAGUAGCUACGUCUUCGAGUGGUGCGGAUGGGAGAGAGGUCCUGGUUGGCACGCCGAGGGUGGUGACGGGUGUAAAUUGUCAACCCACUCCCGGGGGAAGCAAUACGUGUUUACCUGUCUAUGGUGAGUCCUUUUUCUUCGAUAGAGUUGCUGCAGAGAUGAGUCGUGCGUGCUGACGAGAAAUAGCGAGCUGUGAAUGGUGUGGUGGUGCCAACGGAGAGGGCGGAUGUCAUGUCUUGAAUUGCUGUAGUGGAUAUUGUGCUGCUACUAAGUGUCGAUCGACUUCUUAGGUAUUAUUUCAGGACUACCUAGUACCUCAGAACUUGAGAGAUUGAGCUCCGAGUGGGAGAGAUUUGAUUACUGCUCUUUUAAUUUCCGACCUCUCCAUUUUCGUUGGAAUUCGAAAGUUUUCAUAUGGGGAUCACUUACGAGGAAUAACCUGAUUAACAUAAACUUCCGGUUAUUUCGCAGUCUUAUGAACAAACUGUGGUGUUAUACUACUUAACGAUAAUGUUUUGAUCUAUGUGAAUUAGGCGAGACGAGGAUGCUAUUGAUUCUCCGGGUCUGAAACCAAGGGACCACUAGAUUGAAAGCUUGUCUGUUUGAUAAUAGAGAAAGAACCCAUCAGGCACUCCAAAAUUCAUUGGCUCUGAGGAAUUGACACUUGAUUCAAGUCCGCAUGUGGAGCGAGAUG